UCAGCCAGCCUCCCGUUAGCUGCUAUUUUCUAACAAGAUGGCUGCCGUUCCUGAGAGCAGAGUUCUUACUUUCAGCGUUUUUAAAUGGAGCUCAUAUUCCUCCACAUAUUUACCCGAGAAUAUCUUGGUGGAUAAACCUAACGAUCAGUCCUCCAGGUGGUCUUCAGAGAGCAACUAUCCUCCACAGUUUUUAAUCUUGAAGUUGGAAAGGCCGGCGAUUGUUCAGAGUAUCACCUUUGGCAAGUAUGAGAAGACUCAUGUCUGCAACCUCAAGAAGUUCAAAGUGUUUGGUGGGAUGAGUGAGGAGAACAUGACAGAACUUUUAUCCAGUGGCCUUAAGAACGACUACAACAAGGAGACAUUUACGUUAAAGCAUAAGAUUGAUGAGCAGAUGUUUCCCUGCAGAUUUGUGAAAAUAGUGCCUCUGAUGUCUUGGGGGCCCAGUUUUAACUUCAGCAUCUGGUACAUUGAACUGCAUGGCAUUGAGGACCCUGAUGUGGUGCAGCCCUGCCUUAACUGGUACAGCAAGUACAGAGAACAGGAAGCCAUUCGGCUCUGCCUCAAGCACUUCCGGCAGCACAACUACACGGAAGCCUUCGAGUCGUUGCAGAAGAAGACGCGCAUAGCCCUGGAGCACCCCAUGCUCACACACCUGCACGACUGUCUGGUACUGCAGGGAGACUUUGACGCCUGUGAGGAGCUCAUAGACAAAGCAGUGAGAGAUGGUUUGUUUAACCAGUAUAUCAGCCAGCAGGAGUACAAGCCCAGGUGGAGUCAGAUCAUCCCCAAGUGCAACAAAGGUACAGGCAGCCAAGAAACCAGCCGAGACGACAUGAACAGUGACGGCGAUGACAACAGGCCCGGGAUGAGGGGAGGACAUCAAAUGGUCAUUGACGUCCAGACUGAGACAGUGUACCUGUUUGGGGGUUGGGAUGGCACUCAGGAUCUGGCUGAUUUCUGGGCUUACAGCGUCCAGGAGAACCAGUGGGCCUGCAUCUCCAGGGACACAGAAAAAGAGAACGGCCCGAGUGCCCGCUCCUGCCACAAGAUGUGCAUCGACUCGCAGCGGCGGCAGAUCUACACGCUGGGCCGCUACCUGGACUCCAGCGUCAGGAACAGCAAGUCCUUGAAGAGCGACUUCUACCGCUACGACAUCACGGCCAACACCUGGACGCUCCUCAGCGAGGACACGUCGGCGGACGGAGGGCCCAAGCUGGUGUUUGACCACCAGAUGUGCAUGGACUCAGAGAAACACAUGAUUUACACGUUUGGCGGCCGCAUCCUGACAUGUAACGGCAGCGUGGAGGACAGUCGGACGUCUGAGCCACAGUUCAGCGGUCUGUACGCAUUCCACUGCCAGGCGGGGACGUGGCGCCUCCUACGGGAAGACUCGUGCAACGCCGGGCCAGAAGACAUUCAAUCCCGGAUCGGACACUGCAUGCUCUUCCACACCAGAAACCGCUGUCUCUAUGUGUUUGGGGGUCAGAGGUCAAAGACGUACCUGAACGAUUUCUUCAGCUACGACGUGGACGGAGAUCAUGUAGAGAUCAUAUCUGAUGGUACCAAAAAGGAUUCUGGGAUGGUUCCAAUGACUGGUUUCACCCAGAGAGCCACCAUCGACCCGGAGCUCAACGAGAUCCACGUCCUGUCGGGGCUGAGCAAAGACAAGGACAAACGGGAGGAGAACGUGCGCAAUUCGUUCUGGAUCUACGACAUCGCCCGUAACAACUGGUCAUGUGUGUAUAAGAACGAUCAGGCUGUAAAAGAAAACCCAAGUAAGACGCUGCAGGAGGAGGAACCAUGUCCACGCUUUGCACACCAGCUGGUCUACGAUGAGAUGCACAAGGUGCACUACCUGUUUGGAGGAAACCCAGGGAAGUCGUGUUCUCCUAAGAUGCGCCUGGAUGACUUCUGGUCCCUCAAACUGUGUCGGCCCUCCAAGGAGUACCUGCUGCGCCACUGCAGAUACCUCAUCAGGAAAUACAGGUUUGAGGAGAAAGCCCAGUCAGAGCCACUGAAUGCUCUGAAGUACCUUCAGAAUGACCUGUCGCUAACAGUGGACCACACUGACCCCGAUGAGACCAAAGAGUUCCAGCUCCUACCAACUGCUCUCUUCAAGUCCAGUUCUGAUUUCAUCCCUCUAGGCUUCUCUGACGUAGACCAGACGUACGCUCAGCGAACGCAGCUCUUUGACACGCUGGUCAACUUCUUCCCCGACAGCAUGACGCCCCCGAAGGGCAACCUGGUGGACCUGAUCACCCUCUAGCAUCCUGCUCCUUUCACACUCGACUGAACACACACCUGUGCACCCCACACACCUAAAACACACCAGACUGGCCAGCUGAGUCCACUUUGUCCACCUCCACUAAACUGACCUGUGUUCUACAGGCUUUGUCACCAUGGCGAUGAGGGUAUUAAAACACAGCACCACUGUGCUAGGUAGACAUGAGUGAGAUUUUCUAAAAGCCUUUGGUGCUUUUUAUUUUUUUUGGUUUUUUUCUUUAGGUGUGAGCCGAUUGCUCAAAGCUCUAAAAAGUUUUAAUUUGACAAAAAAAAGAUUGUUGCACUUCUGCUUUGCUUUUCACACACAGGCGUUCAAUGAGUACUUUUAAGGCCAGUGGAUUUUUUUUCUUUAAAGUCGGCCGAGUUUCCCCAGCUCCUCUGUUCUUUAGGCUUUUCCUGAACGUCUCUCCUGGGGAACACGUUCAGGCUCAUCGUCUGGCUUCUUUGCUGCUUUCGUUUUUGAAGAACUGCUCGGCUUUCUUUGGAGCUCAUGACUUUUUUCUAGACGACACGCAGCCGCACCAACCACAAACAAAAAUGUAGUUUACAAUUUUAGUAGUUUUAGUGAGUGCGAUGAGGAAAAAAAAAAAAAGAAUAUAUAUGUAUGUCAGGAAAUCUAAAAGUCCUUUUGGGUCUGACUAAUAUAAGUUUAAACACUUCAAUUAUCAGAUUGUCAAUUGAUUCUAAUUGCUGAAAUUAUGUACAAAAUAUGUAAAUAUACAUACAGAAUAUUUUCCUGGACUGGAUGCAUUUUCUGCUGGAAUGUCUCCCACCUUACCUAAAUGUUCUGAGUUUACACAUAGAUGCUCAUUAGUUCCUGUAUCAGAUAUUCAGCAUAAGGGGAAAAAUCUGUGAUAGUGCUUUAAGAACCUCGAUUAUUGUUACAAAUGACCUCCUAUAGGUUUCCUUAAAGUCCCUCGUGUGAGUGGAAAAUACUCACAAAUGAUUCAUUUUUUCAUAGUUAGGUGGAUCAGAUAGUAGAUGUUGAAUUACAUCUACAAACAAUAUGCCCACAAUCUGAAAAUAUCACUUUUUCUUGUUCAUAAAAUACAUCAAAACUGAAAACCAUUUUUAGUCUAUAUAACACAUCAAACACAGCAUGGAUAUUGGUUUACUAAUAUCUAAUUGUAAACCUUUUAUAUUCUGGUUGUCACAAAGCUCCAAGAUGGAAUCUGCAUCACAUUUCCUCCUCUUUUAUGUUAGUAUUUCCUUAAAAAAAAAAAGAUUAGAAUCAGCAGGACCUCAUGCGAUACAUGAAAUCAUUGGUCAUAUCAUAUUUGCUUUAUGAAGAAAAAUCUUCCUCCCUAUUUAAGUAAAUGUCCAUUAAAAGUGUCAGAUUUUAACACAAAGCAGUAAAGAAUGUAUGUUUUAGUUGAUAAAUUUCAGGGACGUUUUCAUUUACAAUCAUUUCCAUAAACAGAAAAUGGGAAAUCUGUGCCCUGCUGUUUACUGUAACUGAAGCAUAAAUCUGUAAAUUUAUUAAGAUUCUGGUUUAAAACCUUAACAACUGAUUGAUAGUCAAACCUUUUCUGUUGGUGUUCCAGUUUUAGAGCUAAAUCCAUUGACGUGGACGGUCAACAGCGUAAUUGUUAAAAACUCCAAACCGGACCAGAACCGCCAGGCAUGGGCCGCAGUGAGUCUGCCUCUCACUCCUCCUGUUUCUGUUUCCAUGACGCUCUUGACGUAGUAAAUGUAGGUUGGUGUGCCUCGCAGUCUUAGAUUCCUAACCUCUGACCUUCUAAACACAUCAGGUUUUUUUUUACUCACCACUUGAGGAAACAUCAAUCAGAGAUCAGAUCAUUUUAAAGAGUUGAUUAAGCAGCAGUUAUAAAUGUGCUGAUAUAAAGGCGUGGUUGCCGGGCUACAUACUUGGAUCUGGCUAAAUAAAAUGUCUCCCUCCACUAUUAAAUAGUUUAAAUCUGUACAUUCUAUUUUUACAUACAGAUUAUUGGUGCACUACAGUAUGGAGUGAUUCUAAUAUUUUUGUUUACUGCUUGUUUUAACUUAUCGGUCAUAAAAUAUAGAUUUUAAUCAAGCUAAAUAUUCAUUCAUGUCCCACCAGACAUUCCUUACUGGUCCCAGUUUAGGACUUUAGGAACAGUAACAGUAACAUGUCGUCUGCCUUUACUGCAGAUGACAUGAACUGUUUGCAGUCUGCCUAAAGGCAAAACACUGAUUACUGCAAACCAAACCAAAGGUUGCUUCAGUUCUGCAGGAAGGCGAGCGCCACAGCUCGCUUAAAACCUGCAGCUGGGUGGGAUUCUACUUUUGGAACGCCGGGAAAACAGUCCUGGUGUUUUUAGGAAGAAUUUGCCAAGCUAAGUGAUACGAGUUGUUAUGAUUGCAGUCCUUAAGCACAAAGAUAAAAACCACUGACCCCCAUCACAUGUGUGAUUGUGGAAGCUUCAUAUGUAGCAUAUGAAUAUUAGAGCUCUGCUCACGAAACGGAUAUUUGAAAUCACUAAAUGUUAUCCAGCUAUUCUCUUACCAAAGGACACCAUUAGCAAAACGCACUAAAAGCGUAGAAGAUGAUAAACAACCAUGGUAUCAAAUGACUUCAGCCACAUAGGCUCGCUUCCUCUUCCUCUUGUUUCUCUUGGAUUGAGUGAAAGUAGCUGGAGGAUGUUGCUAGCUGCUUUCUGGCAGGAGCAUCACCUGUUUUAAUAACCGCUAACAGACGUAGCUUUCAAAACUCUUAACGCGGCAGACAUUUUAAGCCUUAGCAGAGAGAUGAAUCUGGAAUUUUAUUUCUUUUAGUAGAGUGGGACAUGUCAAUAAAUUAAGUUUUUUUUUAUUCGGUAAUUAAGUUUAAGAAGAUACUUUUAUUGCAUUCGUUACACCCUGAGUGAUGCAUUUCUGCUAUUUUUUUUUAUGAUUUUUGCCUUAAAUAUGGAUUAAAAGAGAUAAUCAUUAUAAUAAAAAUACUUGCCACUCUGUAUAAAUUUUUGGUGAAAUCCACAUUUUUUCUUUUAAAUGCACUUAUACUGGAUGAUGAUGAAGGGUGUGUUUCCCCCCAUGUUGCUUCUGUACAGAAUGAAUUCAUGGUGUAAAAGAAUACUUGAGGAAGCAAUAAGAAGGAUUAUUGAAGGUAUUCUGAUAAUGUUUGAGACUCUCCACUUUACUGGAGCAUUUCAGUUUUUUACCAGAAGAAGGUUUUGUUUAAGAAAGCUUCAUUCUGAACACCUUAAUUUACCACACAAUGCCAAAUGCUUGUUUUCUUUUUUGGAUAUGUGUUGGGGAAAUGGUCCCACAACCUUUGCUGUGUCAUAACUUAUUACCAUAUAUGGUCAUUGCCCGUCUCCGGAGCCCGCUGUGGGUCUGAGGAGGUGUAAGGCCGGUACUCUCUGAUCCACACGCACCACUCUGUGCACACACAGAAUGUGUAGAGAGCCUUGUAGUAUUGCAUUGUAUGUAAUGUAUAUAACAAAUAAAGAUUGUAUUUUGUUCAAAUUUUC